AUAAUAGCAUUAGUCCCGACACCACGCGACCCUUUUGUGAGCCGCCGAGGUCGCGGGAUCCCAAGCAAUGUGAUGCCAAUGUCGCACAACCAGGCAACAUGACGCGGGCGAUAUCUAGCUCACCGGUGGGCCUCGUGCUGAUGUAGGUGUCGAGAUCCAAAUGACGUAACGCAAGCGAGAUCUAGCUCGCAUGUGGCCCUAGCGUCAAUGCCAGCCUCGAGAACCCAAGCAACCCGGCGCUGAGGUCGCCCAACCCCGAGGCGAUGGUACGCCGGGGGUCAUCGAUCCACUGUCGACGCAGCUAAGCUCGCCCGAGCCCUCAGACCGGCAUCUUGUGUCCGCCGUCUUGGUGGCCCAGUUUCCUCGUCGGGGGUCACCCGGGCCUAGGCAAGGCUCCACCGUCGCGCAAGCGGACUCGUGGGCCUAGAGACGCCGAUCAGAUCCUGGCGAAAACCUCCUUUGGCCGAAGUCUCGCUACUCGGUUGACUCGGCUCGCUCAAAUCAACCGACUCAGCCCCUCUCGCGUAUUCCCUCCAUUUCUCUUUCUUCGCCACCAAAGAGAAAAAACCGCUCUCUGUUCAUCAGAAAACUGCAUUGCCUCAGUGACCGGCUUAGCUCUCGCCCCCAUCGCCAGGUUCGUCCUCCAUCCUCCGUCAUCUGUUAGUCUGUAGGUGGGUUUUCUUCCUUUCGGGUGUGUGUGUUGUUUUCCGGUGCCGGCGCCGCUUCGAUGGAGAAAAUCUCCGGCGAGCUGAAGCAGGCGGAGCUGAAGAAGGAGGACCUUUCCAAGGCGUACGAGCAACUGCAGUCGCAGCUGUCCUCGUUCAUCUCGUUCACGCUCCCCUGGAAGGACCUGGAGGAGCACUUGGACGGCAUCCGGAGGUCGCUCGAGCGCCGCUCCGAGGAGCUCCAGGAAGGCGAGAGGUCGCUUGCAGGGCGAGCCCACGACGUCGUGUCGCGGGAGGAGGGGCUGCGGUCGGUGUGGCGGAGGGUCCAGGAGUGCGAGGAGGAGGUCCGGAGGAAGAAGGUGGACCUGAGGUCGGUGGAGGAGCGGCUCGAGAGAUGCAGGGAUGAACAGAGGAAGGAGAAGAGUCAACUGGUUGUGACGAGGGACGCCCUUAGCGAGUGUAUCUCGCUGAUCAGGGACAAGAAGAAGGAGCUGAGCUCUCUGAGGCAGUCGACUGAAGAAUGUCGCAGGGAAUAUGAUUCGAAGGAGGAGGAGGUGGAGGUGCUGCGACAGGAAUUGGAUUCAAAGGAGAAGAAAGUCGGGGUGGUGCAGAGUUUGCUAAAGGAAAGUGCCUGGGAACUCGAUGGGAAACUUAAGGAGUUGGGUUCGGUGAAGCGUUCGCUUGAUGAGUGCUCUAGGACAGUUAAAUCGACAAGGGAGGAAUUGACUAUGGUGCAGAGUUUCCUUGACCACAGUGUCAAGGCGCGCGACGAGAGUGAGAAGAGGCUUAGCGCUUUGGAGCGCACGAUCGAAGAGCGCGAUAAGGAGGUCACGGUAAAAGCCGGAGAGUUGCAAUCUCUCGAAGACAAGAUAAAUGACUGUCGAGUUGAACACAAAGUGAAGGAGGAGAAACUCACGGGAAUCCGUAAAUCCAUCGAAGAGCAUUCCCAGGAGCUUGAUUUUAAAGAAAUUCAACUCUAUUCCAUCAAUUCAUUGAUUGAGGGGCACAAAGAGGAGCUCAAAUUCAAAAAGGAGGAGUUUGAAGAAAUCAAUAGGUUGAUCAAUGAGCGAUUGGCGGCACUUGCUUCGAAAGAUAGCGAAUUGGGGUCCAUUGAAACAUCUAUUGGAAAGCUUUCCAAAGAGCUUAAAUUCAAGGAAGGUGAACUGGAAAAUAUGAUGAAGCGGGUCAAGCAGUGUAAUGGGGAAACCGAGUCAAAGAAGAAAGAUCUUACUUCAGUCCUCGCAAAAUUACAAGAGGUUGCCAAAUCUCUUGAGUUGAAAACUAGGGAAUCCAAUGCUAUCCAAGCAUCUAUCAAAGAGAGCAUUCUUGAACUUGCAUUAAAAAAGAAGCAGUUGGGGUCCAUCCAUAUUGACAUUACGAAAUGUGCAGAGCAACUCCGACUGAAGGACAAAGAGUAUGCUUUCCUUCAAAGCUCAACUCUCGAAUGCACCAGGGUCCUUAAGUCCAAAAAGAAGCAAUGUGAUUUGAUGCAGGAUUCCAUCACAGAAUAUUCUCACGAGCUCGAAUCUAGGAAAAGGCAGUUGGAUGUCAUUCAGAGGAGAAGAAGAGAAUGCUUCACAGAUGUUGAACUUAAAGAAAAGCAACUUCAUAUGCUUCACAUGUCAAUUGAAGAACGCUCUCGAAUACUUGAAAUGAAACAGAAAGAAUGUAAUGUGCAAUGCAUGGAGCUAGAAUUGGGACAGCAUCGGCUUGAUUUGAUUGAAAAGUCACUCGAGAAGCGCUCUAGGGAAAUGGAGUUGAGAGAGAGGGCUAGUGUCAAUUCUGGGGUAGCGGCUCAAAAUUGGAAAGACCCAUUAAUAAAUGAACCUGUCCUAGCUUCAUGUCAAAAUUUUCAACCCACAAUUGCUUUUGAUGGAAAGAAUAUGUGGAUGUUCCUAUAUCGACAUUUUCAAGAGCACGAUAGAUUGUGCCACAAGGUGCUGGAAAUUAUUCAAACAUCUGAUGAUGCUGCAAAGUUGGUGUUAAACGCCAUGGAAGGAUUUUACCCCACGAAUUCAGGGAAUGGAGAUGGGUUACUAGAUAUUGGGGUGAUUAGGAGGAGUUGUAUUUUCCUCUUGGAUAAUUUAAUACUAUCUUCAGCAGAGAUUAAGCCUCAGGAGAGGGAAGCUGCAAUGGAACUAGCUGUUGAAUGGAAAGGGAAGCUGAAAUUUUCACCACCAACGGAGCAUCCUUUGGAGGUCAAGGGCUUUUUGAAACUUUUAGUGGCAUAUAAGUUAGCUUCUGCUUUCGAUACAAAUGAAAUUCAAGUUUUUUGCAAUUCUGUGUCACAGUUUCAAAUUGCACAAGAAUUGCACCAGAUCCUUGGUUCUUCAGUAGUGCUGCCUGGUUCUUUGGGAUCUAUUCAACAGCGGCAAAUAAAGACCGAGGAAGCAGAAAAUUUUGCUGUGCACAAUGCAGAUGACUCUUCUGUUGAAUAUCCACCACCGCCAACUAUCUUAGCUAGAAAUGAUUUGCAGCUUUUCCAAACUGAGCUUCUGAAUGAGAAUUCUAUGAUAUGUAAAGAAAUCUCACACACGCUGCAAAACUCAUCUGACCCUGCAAAACUUGUUCUGGAUGUUAUUGCGUGGGCUCAUACUCAAUACUCGAACAGUAAGGAUAUGAAUUCGCAGACAGACGUUAUGAGGAGUCAUAUUGUUCUGUUACAGCAGCUCGAGAGAAUUUCACCUUCAAUAACACAUAAGGUUAAAGAAGGAGCAAUGCAGCUGGCGAGAGAAUGGAAAGCGAAACUGUCUGAUAAACCCGAGAGCGGUUUGGAGGUUUUGGCAUUUCAGAAUUUCUUGGCUGCAUACAAUUUGCUUUCUUUAUUCAAUGAUGCUCCUCUGUUGGGCCAGACCCUUGGUCGUCUUGUCAAUGAGAUUACAGCGCCAGCUAGCAUACCUGCCUCUCUCUCCAGAGUCCAUCAGCAACCGACCGGAGAGAAGAAACGUUCGGCCAGUGACCCAGCAAUCAAUGUGCAAUCCCAACCCUGUGCACGUAAGUGUAAAUACAAGAUGGACAAUCAGGGAGGUCCCCCGUAAUCCUCUUUUGGACUAACGUAUUCUUUGCUGAAAGUAGGCCGGAGCUAUUUGCUUGGCCGACUCAUGCACCUGGCAUUGCCAGACAAAUCUCUUAUAUUGUCCAGGGGAAAUUUGGUGUUGAUGACUCCCAGGAUGUUUAGAAGAUAGGUCUUGCUUUCCCAGGGGAAUGUAUAGAUAGGUUUCGUAACAUGUGUUAUCCCAUGCUUGGCAAGCAAGUUGAUGCUUUUUGUAUGCAGAUUUUCCUAGGAAGCUGUCAAUGAACAUUGAUAGAAUUGUGCCGAAUGCUUUGAACAGUAGAUGUAACUGAAGUACAUCUAAUAUAUAUAUUGUUCAAACAUGUCUUGAGUUUGAGUCCGUGAAAGAAAUCCGGUUCAAGUAGAAAUCCGAAACCUGAAUAAGACUUGUGGUUUGACGUCCAGACAAGCAGAAAUUGUCGAAAUAUUUUUCAAGCUGGA